GUUGAGUUUAUGAGGACAAGCGACAGCAACUUUGUAAUAGUUAAUCAGAAUUUACAAGCUUGCAUGGCAAACCUGCCCAUCAGAGUGCGUCCCCAACAUUACAGUCAAUAACCGAUGUGCAAAUACAGCAUAUUGCUUUCUGUCUAGGGUUUGCAGUGGGGCUUUGCUUGCAUCCUUCUCCCCAGGCCGAUCACCUUAUGCAAUUGAUUAAACCUAUCCUACGCUCUACACGAUGCGUAACGUUGCUGGAAGCAGCGCGGGGGCUGCACCUCGCGCAGGCCCCAUCAUUCCCGCCCCUCGUCGCUCGCUUUUAGCGGUCCGCUGCGCCGCGUUGCCCAUCGGCAUUGACAGUGUUGGCAACAUUAUUAGCAGCCUCUCGCAGUCCGCCCCACUGCCCUCCCUGCCUUCCCUGGAGCUGCUGAAUGACCCACGGGUCUGGCACAAUCUCCCCCCGCACUUCGGGUCCCGGGCCUUUGCGGAUGCGGCGGAGGCCCUCGCUGCCCGUGCGUCCUCCCUGGCCCCCUCCCUGCCUCCCCCCUUGGACUUCCACUUCCCGCAGCUUGAUUCAGCGGCCGCACUUGAAGGCGCUCUGGCGCCCCUCACCGCCGCCGCCGCCGCCGGCCUCACCUCCUCUUCUUUCUCCUUGCCCUCCUCACUCUCCGACCCCACCACCCUGCUGGAGCGCCUCCCCCACCUAGCGGACCCCGGCCUCUUCUCCACCGCCUCAGCCCCAGGCAGCUGGGAAAACCUCACUCAGGCGCUCCAAAACAGCGUCCAAGCCGCCGCCGCCGUCGUUGAGUCCGCUGCCGUCGCUACCGGUGCGCAACUCGCCGCCGCUGCCGCCGCCGCCGCCAACGACGUCGUCGACGGCAGGGCCGUACGCGACGUGGGUAGCGCGCUGACGGCGGCGGCGGAGGCGCUGUCGUCGGGCGAGCUGCCGCCGCACUUUGGAACCGCAGCGGCGGCGGCGGCGGUGCAGGCGGCCGUAGCGGCGCUGUCACACUGGGCGGCGGCACUGCUGGCGGCGGCGGGGGAUGUCGCUGGCGGCGGCAGUCGGCUGGAGUUGCUUGAUCCGGAGGCAGCGGCGGCUCUGACGUCAGCGUUGGGGGAGCUGAGGAGCGUGGCGGGGCUAAUGACUGUGACACUGCCGCCGGUGGUGGCGGUGGGGGGUAAUGCGGUUGCUGCGGCUGUAACAGCGGCCGGG